CUCCUCUUUUUAUAUUUCUCUUAUUUUUCCGUCUUACUUUUUAUACUACACGGAUCUGUUCCUUCGUCCCUCAGUUUGUUAGCGGUAACUACAAUUUGGAAAGGCAUCCAAUUUUUCUGUCAAAAUCUUGCGAAGAAAAGGAAAGGCAAAGCUGCUGUUCGGCAAAGAAAAAUUUCACGCAUGACUCUUUGACAUUUCUGCAAUGUCAGGGUUACUUAAUUCAUCGUUGAACGGAUCAGCAUCAAAUAUUCCUGACAGCUCUGGGCGGUCGUUUACAACGUCUUUCUCUGCUCAAUCCGGUGCAGCCUCCCCUGUUUUUCAUCAUACAGGAGGUAUUCAGGGACUGCAUAAUAUGCAUGGAAGUUUUAAUGUUCCCAACAUUCCUGGCACACUUGGUUCAAGAAACACAACAAUGAGUAAUGUGCCAUCAAGCGGGGUUCAGCAAUCUGCUGGUAACCUCUCUAGCGGACGUUUCACAUCAAACAACAUUCCGGUUGCUCUCUCACAGAUAUCUCAUGGCAGUUCUCAUGGCCAUUCAGGGAUGACAAAUAGGGGUGGCAUGAGUGUCGUUGGAAGUCCUGGAUACAGUAGUAGCACAAAUGGUGUUGGUGGUUCUAUUCCAGGGAUUCUCCCAACUUCUGCAGCUAUUGGUAAUCGUAAUCCUGUCCCUGGAUUGGGGGUGUCUCCAUUAUUAGGAAAUGCUGGGCCACGAAUUACAAGCUCUGUGGGUAACAUUGUUGGUGUGGGCAACAUUGGACGGAGUAUGAGUUCUGCUGGAGGAUUGUCUAUGCCUGGUCUUGCUUCUCGCCUGAAUUUGACUGCCAACAGCGGUUCUGGAAAUCUAAAUGUCCAGGGACCAAAUAGGCUAAUGAGUGGUGUUCUCCAACAAGCUUCUCCACAGGUCAUUUCUAUGCUAGGAAAUUCCUACCCUUCUGCUGGUGGCCCACUUUCUCAAAACCAUGUACAAGCGGUGAAUAAUCUAAAUUCAAUGGGGAUGUUGAAUGAUGUAAAUUCGAAUGAUGGUUCUCCAUUUGACAUUAAUGAUUUCCCUCAACUGUCCAGCCGCCCUAGUUCUGCUGGAGGGCCUCAGGGACAAUUGGGAUCGUUGCGCAAACAAGGUCUUGGUCCUAUAGUUCAACAAAAUCAGGAGUUCAGCAUUCAAAAUGAAGACUUUCCUGCUUUACCAGGAUUUAAAGGUGGAAAUGCAGAUUAUGGGAUGGAUCUACAGCAGAAAGAACAAGUCCAUGACAAUGCUGUUUCUCUGAUGCAACCUCAGCAAUUUUCUAUGGGAAGAUCUGCUGGUUUCAACCUAGGGGCCGCAUACUCAUCCCACCGUCCACAACAGCAGCAACAUACUCCCUCUGUGAGUAGCAGUGGUGUCUCCUUUUCAAAUUUAAAUAACCAGGAUCUACUCCAUCUGCAUGGAUCAGAUAUGUUUCCCUUGUCCCAUUCAAACUAUCACCAGCAGACAAGUGGUCACCCUGGCAUAGGAUUACGGCCUCUUAAUUCCCAGAAUACAGUUUCUGGUAUAGGAUCUUAUGACCAGCUUAUCCAGCAAUACCAACAGCACCAGAAUCAGUCGCAGUUCCGUCUGCAGCAAUUGUCUUCUGUAAGCCAACCAUACAGGGAUCAAGGACUGAAGUCCAUGCAAGCCUCACCAACUGCUCCUGACCCAUUUGGUUUGCUUGGUUUACUAAGUGUUAUAAGAAUGAGCGAUCCUGAUCUGACAUCUCUUGCACUUGGAAUUGAUCUAACGACUCUUGGAUUGAAUUUGAACUCUACUGAAAAUCUUCACAAAACAUUUGGUUCUCCAUGGUCUGAUGAACCUGCCAAAGGAGAUCCAGAGUUCACUGUGCCACAGUGUUACUAUGCAAAACAACCUCCCCCACUAACUCAAGCUUACUUUGCAAAAUUUCAGUUAGAUACAUUGUUCUACACAUUCUACAGCAUGCCAAAAGAUGAAGCUCAGUUGUAUGCAGCCAACGAAUUGCAUAAUCGAGGCUGGUUCUUUCACAAAGAACUUAGAUUAUGGUUUACAAGGGCUCCUAACGUGGAGCCUCUUGUCAAGACAAAUUCAUACGAGAGAGGAUCCUAUAUUUCCUUUGAUCCAAACACAUGGGAGACGAUUCGCAAGGAUAAUUUUGUACUCCACUAUGAAUUGUUGGAGAAGAGACCGACUCUACCGCAACAUUGACAGUGAUGUAGACAAUGAUGUGCAGUUUCAUGUGUAAAUCUUCUGUUUGCUGUACUUUGUAGAAGAAUAGUUGGUAAGCCUCCCUUAAUACUUAUUGUAAGGCCAUUCUGUGGAUUGUUGAACCAGUCUCCUUAUGGUAUCAACACUUCCGUAUCCUUUACCUGAAAUUUUAAAGAAAAGCAUUUCAUUCACAAGCUUCAGAUUUUAGAAAGAUAUGUUUUGUCUCUGAUA